UUUAAGGAUGAUAGGGGUAUUUUUGACCCAAAAUAAGUUCGGAGGAUAUUUUAGCCCUUUUUCCAAAAUAGAGGGGUAUUUUUGACCCUUUUCCCAAAUAAUAAUGAAAUAGAAUUGCCAGCCACAUAGUUAAGUAUUUGAUGGAUAUCAAAACUAUAAUAUUUUGACAAAUUUAAAGAUCUAGAUCUGCUCAAAAAUAUAUUUAAGGAACUAUUUAAUACUUACCCCAAACAUAUGGUUUUCUCAACUUUUGUACUUGUAGGAUUUUCUUAUAUAGUUAUUAUCUUAACCAUUUGUCAUAUUUAUGCUUUACGGCAAAACAUAAUUUAGCGUAUAAUUCAUUAAUCCAAAUAGGGAAAGUUGAGAAAUGGGAAAGAAAUAGCAGUGAAAAGGCUAUCAGAGACUUCAAAUCAAGGAUUGGAAGAGUUUGAAAAUGAAGUGAUCCUUACAGCAAAAUUACAACAUGUAAAUCUUGUAAGAGUUGUGGGAUUUUGCAUUAAAAGAAAAGAAAAGAUGUUGGUGUAUGAACAUAUGCCCAACAAGAGCUUGGACUGUUACAUUUACAAUCAAGGCAGACGACUACUUCUAGACUGGGGAAAAAGAGUGCAGAUAAUUGAAGGCAUAAUUCAGGGGUUGCUAUACCUCCAAGAAUACUCAAGAUUAACAAUCAUUCAUAGGGAUUUGAAAGCCAACAAUAUUCUAUUGGACACUCACAUGAAAUCAAAGAUAUCUGACUUUGGAAUGGCAAGAAUGUUUAAGGAGGAUGAAGUUGAAGCAAAUACAGACAGAAUAGUUGGAACACUGGGUUAUAUUCCACCUGAAUAUGUAGAGCAGGGCAUCUAUUCAAUGAAAUCUGAUGUUUUCAGUUUUGGAGUACUUCUUCUUCAAAUCAUAAGUGGAAAGAAGAAUACAUGCCUACGUGGUUCAGAUGAACAACUAAACCUUCUUGAAUAUGCAUUUGAGAUGUGGAAAGAAGGUAAAGGAAUGGAGUUUAUGGAUGAGUCACUUGAUGAUACAACAUCAUCUUGCAAACUAUUGAAUUGCAUGCAAAUUGCACUAUUAUAUGUCCAAAAAAAUCCAUUGGAAAGGCCUACAAUGUUGGCAGUUUCCAAUAUGUUCAAGAAUAUUGCAAAUUUAGCUAUGGUUUCUCCCAAGAGGCCUGCAUUUUCUACAAGGGAAGAUGAAGAAGGUGACAAUGUGAAAGGGGAAUCGCUGGAAAUCGAAGAAGUUGACACUGCAACUAUUACACAAUUGGUUGCAAGAUGAUAUGUAUUAUUCCUUUUCCUACUUUAUAGGAUUUUAUGCAGUGGAGGCUCAAAUAUAAUUAACACUUCAACCAUUAUUUAUAGGUAAGAGCUAGUGGCGGAUCCAACAUUUUAA